AGAACUCCAAAUUUCUUGUAGUCAUUUUUUAAUGGCUCCCAGAGUACAUCCUCAAGCCUCUCUGUCACCCUCUUCAUCUUCAUCAUCUUCUUCUUCUUCUUCAUGUAUAACUUCAAAAACAGAAGUAUUCACAAUAUGGAUGAAAUCCUUGGUAAUGAACAGCAACGGUUGUACCGUUUUCAAUUCGAAUGGUGAAAUCAUAUACCGAAUCGACAACUACCACAAGAAAUGUAGUAACAAAGUUUAUCUCAUGGAUCUUAAAGGAAAUGUUUUAUCAACUAUUCUUAAAAAGAGAUUGAGAAUGUUUGGAAGGUGGGAAGGUUAUAAUGGAAGUUAUUGUUCCAAGCAAGAUCAAGAGAAGCCAUGGUUUCAAGUUAGGAAACCUUUUAGGGUUCUAAAAAAAGGUCAUUGCAAUGUUAGUGUUUCAAUGGGGCCUUCGAAUGAUUCGUUUUAUACAAUCGAAAGGUUGGAUAGUAAAAUGGGUUGCAAGAUACUAGACCAAGCAGGAAAUGUGGUUGCAGAGAUGAAACAAAAGCAAUCAAGAUUUGGUGUUGGGUUAGGGGAUGAUGUAUUGACAUUAAUGGUGGAAUCAAAUGUGGAUCAUUUACUAAUUUUAGGACUUAUUGUUGUACAUGGGCUAAUUAAUCACAAAUUAUGAAAAUCCAUUUGAAUCGAUUAAGUGGUCAUGUGUAGUAGUUGAAUAGAUUAAGAUCCUUAAUUAAAUAGAUGGGUCAUGGAGAUAACCAGUGUCAUUUUAAAGAGAGUUCUUGUAAAGUUUUUGAUCAUCAGUAGUGAAAAUGAUUAUCAUCCCAAUUUUGUAACCUAGAUUUUAUGAUUAAUAAUUAAACAAGAAAUAG